AGAGCUGCAUAGGUACCAAGUUCACAGGUCAAUUUGGGGAUUUAAUUGCUGAUUUAGCUAUUGAUGCUACUGCAACAGUAGGUGUUGAGAUUGGCCAAGGUUUGAGAGAUGUAGAUAUUAAAAAUUAUAUUAAGGUUGAAAAGGUCCCUGGGGGGCAGCUGGAGGAUUCUAGAGUACUCAAGGGAGUUAUGAUAAACAAAGAUGUGGUUGCACCUGGCAAAAUGAGGAGAAAGAUUGUUAACCCACGCAUCAUUCUUCUUGAUUGUCCCCUUGAGUAUAAAAAGGGUGAAAACCAAACAAAUGCUGAACUGCUCAAAGAAGAAGACUGGAAUCUCUUAUUGAAGAUGGAAGAAGAAUAUAUUGAGGAGAUGUGCAUGCAGAUACUGAAGUUUAAGCCUGACGUGGUAAUCACGGAGAAGGGUCUGAGUGAUUUGGCUUGUCAUUAUCUGAGCAAGCAUGGAGUUAGUGCAAUCAGGAGGCUGAGGAAAACUGAUAAUAAUAGAAUUGCUAAGGCAUGUGGUGCUGUUAUUGUGAAUAGACCGGAUGAAUUGCAAGAAUCUGACGUUGGUACUGGUGCUGGGUUAUUUGAGGUUAAGAAAAUUGGAGAUGAGUACUUUGCAUAUAUUGUUGAUUGUAAAGACCCCAAGGCCUGCACCGUACUACUAAGGGGAGCUAGUAAGGAUCUUUUAAAUGAAGUUGAAAGAAACCUACAGGAUGCCAUGUCUGUUGCAAGGAACAUAAUAAAAAAUCCAAAACUUGUUCCUGGAGGCGGUGCAACAGAGUUGACAGUGUCAGCUGCCUUGAAACAGAAGAGUUCUUCUAUCGAGGGCAUAGAAAAAUGGCCGUAUGAAGCUGCUGCCAUUGCUUUUGAAGCUAUACCACGUACUCUGGCACAAAAUUGUGGAGUAAAUGUCAUCCGGACUAUGACUGCUCUCCAAGGAAAACACGCAAAUGGGGAAAAUGCAUGGAUUGGUAUAGAUGGAAAUACUGGUAGCAUCACUGACAUGAAAGAGCGCAAGAUCUGGGAUGCCUACAAUGUAAAGGCGCAAGCUUUUAAGACUGCCAUUGAAGCUGCUUGCAUGCUUCUGAGGAUUGAUGAUAUAGUGAGUGGUAUCAAGAAGAAGCAGGCCCCUGGAGGUUCAGGUUCUUCAAAACCCAAGAUUGAGACCGAGGCAGAUGCUGACAAUGAACAAAUCCUUCCUGACUGAGAAUAUAGGUUCAAUUGACACUGCUUUUUGAUUCAGUUGAUCACAUACUAGGUUCUUGGUCCUCAUUAAAUAUUAUCAAUAUUCUUAGAAGUUCUGGGUCCUUGACUGGGCUGGUUUUUUGUGCCUUGUACUGUUUGCAAGAGCGAUUUGUGAACCGUAGUUUAUUUUAAAGACUAUUAACUGGCUUAUGAUUUAUUGGGUGUUUUAGGUCUACUGUUGAGAUUUUGUGGCGGGGUCAGACAUACCAGUUUCACCAAUUUUGUUGAGCUGUUUAUUGUUUCUGUUCCUAUUCGUUUGUGAAACGUUUUUUUACAUACACGCACUUCCU